AUGCUGUUCUGCUUCUUUUCAGACGAAGUGUGGGAAGUACUGUUCAAGAAGAAUUUCAGCAAUCCAGCAGCCAAUCAAGUCCAACCAGAGGAAUGUGACAACCAGUCCUGUCCAAUAAAGAAAGAGCAAGAGGAGACAGCCUCCAACACCAAAGGAGAGCAGUUCAACUUUGGCGGUAGCUGGAGCACUCUUCCCUCUUGGCCAGUAGGAGCCAGUCAUGGAGGAGUCAGCCAAUCGCAGAGGGGCAAGCACCGAUGCAGCUUCUGUACGUACUCGAGCGACCUCAUCAGCGACAUCACCAAGCACGAGAGGAAGCAGACUGGGGAGAAGCCCUAUGUCUGCCGCAUCUGCCACAAGGCUUUUGUCCGUAGCGACAGCUUGGCGGAUCACUUGAGGAUCCACACUGGUGGCAGGCGCUUCCGCUGCCAGCUCUGCCAGAAAGCAUUUGCUCGCUCCUGGUCCCUAGCAAUCCACCAGGAGGUUCACAUGGAGCACAAGCACCUCGGCUGCCGCUUUUGUUCCAAGGCGUUUGCACUCGAGGUCAGCCUAAGGGAUCACGAAAAAAUGCACCUAAGGGGGAAGCCCUUCGAGUGUCAGACGUGCAAGAAGUCAAUCCCACACAGGUCUAACUUGGUGCUCCAUGAAAAGACACACUGGGGAUGAGUUAUUCAACAAACCUUGAAAAGUUUUUAAGAUUUAUAUAACUUAUUUUGAAGUUAGAAAUGGCCUACUUUCUCGUUGUACCCCAAGAAUGUGCACAUUUAGUAUUUGGCUAUGCUGAUACGAAGUUACAUAGCGAGGCGGUCCAGUACAGGCAUGUCUUGAAAGGUUUUUUUAGAACUUGAACCCUUAUAAUCUUUUUAAGAGAUCUAAUCCUUAAAAUCCAGUGCAAGACUAACAGCCAAUUAUGGCAGUAAUGCGCCAUUUUGCAUUAAAUGUGUUUGCCACAUCUCGCACCAAAAUGCCGUUUUUGCUAAGAAUUGUGCCACACUUGC